AUGCCGAGCUUCAGAGGCAAACGCCUGUCCAGCAAGUCGCCUUUGACACUAGCUCAGAUCACCAGUGCUUGCUUUGAGCCAUCCAUCCAGGUAGUGAAAUGUGACCCUCACCAUGGUAAAUACAUGGCUUGCUGUCUGUCAUACCAUGGUGACAUGGUUCCCAAAGAUGUCAAUGCUGCCACUGCCACCAUCAAGACCAAGUGUACUAUCCAGUUUGUGGAUUAGUGCCCCACUGGCUUCAGGGUUGGUAUUAACUACCAGCCUCCCACUGUGGUGCCUAGUGGAGACCUAGCCAAAGUACAGAAACUUAUGUGCAUAUUGAACAACAACACAGCUGUCACUGAGGUCUGGGCUCAUCCGGACCAAAAGUUUGACCUGAUGUAUGCAAAGCAUGCCUUUUUUCACUGGUACAUGGGUGAGGGGAUGGAGGAAGAAGAGUUUUCUGAAGCCCGUGAGGAAAUGGCUGCCCUUGAAAAGGAUUGUGAGGAGGUUGGAGCAGAUAGGGCUGAAGGAGAGGAUGAGGGUGAAGAGUAUUAACCUGUGUGCUACACUUUUAUAC